ACGCAAUAUACGCAACCAUAAGGAUCAUUAGAGUAUUUGACCGGUAUUACGGAUAGUCUCCCCCCACACACAUAUAUAUAUACACACACACACACACCAUAUAUACAGAAUGUCUACAUACACGCCUUCGAGUGCGAGUUCGUCGUUAGGAUCACGGAACCCCUUCCUCACCGCCCCCGAAAACACGCCCAGCCGGUCCCGGUCCCAGCGUGUGCCACGGUCGUCGCGGCCCUCCUCCACGCCGCGUCGACACUCCUCGCCGCAUCGGCACCGGCGCAAGAUCUCGCAAAUCCCGGGGCCAGACCCAAUCGACCGGUUGGGGGCAAUCGGCGGCGCGUAUCACCACGACGGGCCAUUCGAGGCGACACUGUUCGCGCGGCAGCAGGUGAAGCACGCGCCUAUUGAGGCAGUGAAGUAUACCAACGCUGCGGCGCUCGCGGCAACCCCCAAGGCUAGCAUUCAGGACUCCCUCGAGGGCCAUUAUCCACUCCAGGGUACCGCGAUGUAUAGGCCCGGCGAGGGAGGACUGGGCGAUUAUGAGGAGUAUGAUGUCAACGUCCGCGAUGGGAAGUGGGGCAGGUGGGAUCAUAUGUACUACAGAGACGAAGACCGCCGUGCAAAGGGCGAGCCGGGAUACACCGUUGGGGAAUUUGAGAAGCAGCAGAAGGCGGCGCGGCGUGCUCGUUCAGCAAGCAGCGGCGGCAGGCCCAACGAGUUCGAGAUGCGACGGUCCGCCGGUAAUACGCACGCGGCGAAAGACAGGAGCAGCGAGCGUGUGCGUGACGUGGGCUAUGGCGAUUACUACAGCUCCGGGUCCACGUCGAAGAUGGACGGUUUGAAGAAGCGGGUCAAGGCUGCGUUGAGCACGCGGACGUAAUUACCUAGAGGCGUUUUGGUCGGUUUUUUGGGAGCGGGAGCGGGCGUGGAUGGGUGGGCACUGGGUGGGAUGCGGAUUGUACGA